AACUCCCCUAGCACCUGUCCCAACAACUCCCCUAGCACCUGUCCCAACAACUCCCCUAGCACCUGUCCCAACAACUCCCCUAGCACAUGUUCCAACAACUCCCCUAGCACCUGUUCCAACAACUCCCCUAGCACAUGUUCCAACAACUCCCCUAGCACAUGUUCCAACAACUCCCCUAGCACCUGUCCCAACAACUCCCCUAGCACAUGUUCCAACAACUCCCCUAGCACCUGUCCCAACAACUCCCCUAGCACAUGUUCCAACAACUCCCCUAGCACCUGUCCCAACUCCCCUAGCACCUGUCCCAACUCCCCUAGCACCUGUCCCAACUCCCCUAGCACCUGUCCCAGCAACUCCCCUAGCACCUGUCCCAGCAACUCCCCCAGAGCCUGUCCCAGCAACUCCCCCAGAGCCUGUCCCAGCACCUGCCCCAACAACUCCGCCAGCAACUCACCCUGCACCUGCCCUAGCAACUCCCCUAGCACCUGUCCCAACUCCCCUAGCACCUGUCCCAGCAACUCCCCCAGAGCCUGUCCCAGCGCCUGCCCCAGUGCCUGUCCCAGCGCCUGCCCCAGUGCCUGUCCCAGCGCCUGCCCCAGUGCCUGUCCCAGCGCCUGCCCCAGAGCCUGUCCCAGCACCUGCCCCAACAACUCCGCCAGCAACUCACCCUGCACCUGCCCUAGCAACUCCCCUAGCACCUGUCCCAACUCCCCUAGCACCUGUCCCAACUCCCCUAGCACCUGUCCCAGCAACUCCCCCAGAGCCUGUCCCAGCAACUCCCCCA